AGAAGGAAAGACAUUGUCUGAGCAGAAGGAACAUAUUUUCAGGAGACAGAGCCCUUGCCCACUGCACUGGGCAUUAGGCUAUCGGAAAGAGCCCCCUCUGCAAGCCAGCCCAGCCUUCCAGGGAAAGAGAGCAGGCCUCCGAAUCUCGUCAUCAUGAACUGGCAUAUGAUAAUCUCUGGGCUGAUCGUAGUGGUGCUUAAAGUUAUUGGAAUGACCUUUUUUCUGCUGUAUUUCUCGCAGAUUUUUGGGAGCAGUUCCUUAAGUCCCAACAACUUAAUGCCCACGAGGAGCUAUGGAACAGUCUGCCCCACUGGCUGGGAUUUUCAUCAAGGAAGAUGUUUCUUCUUGUCCACCUCUGAAUUAUCUUGGAAUGAAGGCAGGGACUCUUGCAAAAAGGAAGGAUCCACUCUGGCAAUUGUCAACACACCACAGAAACUGAAGUAUCUCCAGAGCAUAACUGGUGCUGAGAAGUAUUUUAUUGGCUUAACAUAUCAACACGCAGAGAAAAGUUGGCGUUGGAUCGACAACUCUGUCUUCAUAGGCAACGUUACCAAUCACAAUCAGAAUUUUGACUGUGUGACCAUAGGACUCACAAUGACAUUCGAUGCUGCAUUGUGCGACGUCACCUACCGCAGGAUCUGCGAGAAGGCAGCCAAGUGAUCACGGUUCUCUGGACGAGAACAAAUAUACUUAUGGAGACAGAAAAAGAGAAUACUUACAAUUGGGACUGGUUCUGGAAAUACAGAACGUCAAGUUACUGUGUCAGACUUCCACAGGUUACCGGCAGAGCUACUUAAUGAAUCAUCAGGGCUGACGCACUGCCCCCUCCACACAUAUACUUACACACACACGACUGGGGCACACUCCCCAUUCCGAGCCACAUUUCCUGUGGGUCACACCAGAGACUUUUCAGAUCCACACACGUUGUCCCAUCAAUGAUUCUUGUAUCUCUCUGUCCACCAGUAUAAGUCUUUGCCCGUUUGGGGAAAUGAGCUUUCAGAUUCUGCUCUGGAGGACUGGAUGCUGGCCAUCUCCAGGAGACUGGGUCAACUUCAUGGACUGUCAGUUGGUAU